AUGCGUUGCAAAAGCACCCAAACGACAGUUGUCGUUAUAAGCGCAUUGCUUGUGUUCUCCAUAUUUAAGGAGGCUGAAACCAACUCAAAUCCGGCCCUUAACGCAUUCUUUUCCGAACUCGACAACAACCACGAUGGCGCGAUUGACGUUAAUGAGGCAUCACAAUUCAUUGGUGGUAGCAUUGGGGGACAGGAGUUUGACGAGCCACAGGAAACAGCGGACGCAGCAAAUUCCUUCCUACACAGCAUAGAUGGUGGCGACGCUGGACUCACCGUGUCAGUCGAUGAACUUGACAUACAUCUCCACUCAGUGCUGAGCGGCGUCCGCGCUUGGGAAUGGAUUCGCCACGGUGUUGGCCUACCUCAGUAUGCAGAUGCGUUCAGGGCUCACUCCAUAACGCCGCUGGAUUUUCCGAUGCUGGUCCAGGAGAACGGAAAGAUCCUCGAGGAGGAACUCGGGGUACACAGCCCUUUCCAUCGGGGCAAGGUGGUCCGGGCCAUUCGGCGUCAGAUCCUAGGACUGGGGCGGCCGCCCUCGGAGCCGCAGGCUCUCACGUGCACCACCACCGCCUUUCCCCCGGUGACCCCCACCGGGGCCGGCAGUGGCAGUGGCAGUGGCAGCGGGGGCCCGGCUCCCGGCAGUCGGGCCGCUGUGCACUGGUCCCCCCCCGCCCACCCGGGGGUGCCCCCCCUGCACCGCUACGUGCUGGAGAGGGCGGGGGCUGACGGCCAGUGGCGCCAGGUGGCGGAGCUGGACGACCCGGAGCCGGCGGCGGUGGCGGUGGGGUUUGGCACGGCCGCAGCUGCGGGGCGAGUGCUGUUCCGUGUCGCAGCGUGGAACCUGUACGGAAGAAGCCCGUACGGCAUUGUAGCGUGCCACUUAGAGCCAGUGCCGCCGCCUGGUUACCCGCUGGUGGCAGCGCGGGAUCCGGCGAAUGGGACGAGCGAGGGGGCGGCGGCAGCGGCGGCCGCGAAUGACCGUGUGGCGAUGGCGGUGGUGGCGACGGCGGCUGCCCAAACGAGGGGCCAGCAGCCGGCGACAUCCCGCAACGGCGGCGGCUGGGGCUGGGGAUGGGGCCCGGAUGCCUCGUUUGCGUCCGCAUGUCGGGGACCCGGUCCCGGGACCUCCGAGGCCGCCGCAUGUCCCGGGGGCGGGGGGGCCGAGCUGCGGACAGGCUGGCAGCAGGCGCUGCCGCCGCCGCAGCUGCCUGGCGCCGCCGCCUCCUCGGACUCAGCGCUUCAGGCGCUGAUACAGCGGCCACCGGGCCCUGCCGAUACCGGUGGCGGUGUCCGGGGGCCCGUUACGGCCAUGACACAGGGCCCCUGGUUGGCACCGCCUACCCGCAAACCCCAGCCUCAAGCCCAGCCCCAGGCCCAGCCCCAGCCUCAACCCCAGCCGGGGGGGACCACAGCUCUUCGUUGGUGGAGUUCAUUGCUGCUGGCGGUGGUGCCCUGGCUGCUGAGGCUGCUGCCCCUGCCGCUGCUGCGAGGGGCGAUGGAGGUGGCUCACAGGCUGGUGCUGAGGGCGCAGGCGGCGCUGGGCUGGCAGCCGCCGGAGAGGCUCAUGCAGUCGCCGAGGGCGGCAGCGGCGGGUUCGGCGGCGCCAGGGAUGCUAGAUCUGAACCCCUCGCUGCAUCUGACACCCUCCAGCAGCGUCCCCGCCCUGGCGGCAGCAGCCACAACAGCGCAGAGCGCCGCUGCUGGGUCUUGUGGGGUUGGGGGGGCGGCAGGCGGUGGCGUGUGGACGGGGGCUAGGAUGGGAGCUGGGGCUGGGGACGGCCUUGGUGCUGGCGGAGGCGGCGGUGUACGGAGCUCCGCCUCCGGAGCCGCGUGGCCUGCGGUAGGUCCAGGCGGGUGCAGUACCGGCGGGAUAGACACUGUUGCUGCUGCUGCUGUGGCGGCUGCUGCCGCCGCAGCCGUUGCACCUGCUGCUGCUGCUUCGUCGUCAUCCUCUGUUGCUGCUGCAACGGCUGCGGCUGCGGCGGCCGGGGCGGCUGCCUCCGGGCCAAGUAUUCGAACCCGGAGCAACUGGCUGGAAGCUGUCUUUCCCAUGAUGGCGGCGGCGGCGGCUGCGACACAGGGUACGGACCCAGUGGCGGUACCGCCGCGCUCGUCGCUUGGGAGCGGCGUGGCGCCGUACCGACCACCGCCGGCAGCGGCACCCUCGCCGUACGGGAGCCCCGGUAGCGACAUUACUGGGGUGCAAUACAUCUUCGGAGGGCUGCAACCACCACAACCACCACAACCACCGCAACCGCUGGCACUGCCGCAGGGCCCCCGUCCCGUGUCCGCCUCUCCUCCCGCUCCUCCGCAUCGCAGCACCAGCGAGGGGGACAUCUGCGGGCUGGAGGACGCCGCCCGGCCCUCCUACAUCACGCGGGCCCCCCCCGGCCCGCGCCCCUAUCUGGGCCCAGCGAGUCCGCCGCUGCUCUCCCACCUCACCCCGCACCAGCUAGCGGCCUCCGCACCCUCCCUGGGGCUAGGGCUGGGACCCGUGGGUCGGAUGGGCCCUACGUCCACGACGGGUCCCCUUAGCUCGAUGUCCGUGAGCGGGUCCUCCCGGGGUGCGAGCCAGGUUCGGGGUCUUCGCGGGGCGGAGACGGAGGGGGACCUGUUGGCGAUGGCGGCGGCUGUGUGCGCAAUUCCCGGCUGCGGUCGGAAGCUGGACUUGCGACACUACCGUAACUACUUGCGGCGACAUUACUGCGGCCGCUGUCAAAGGACGGUGUGCGGCCAGCACACGGCGUACAGUCCCCAUGGUCCCACGGGCUCAUGCGACCACGUGAGCCGCUGUGUGUGCACCUCCUGCUUCACACACUUCAAUCCCGCCUACCAGCUCUUCCUGCUCAAACACAACAAGCUGCAGCCCGGCAGCGGUGUGGGGCCACAGGAAGCAGCAGCGGCAGCGGGUGCAGGGGCUGCGGCCGGGAGUCGGCGUGGGAGCGCGAGCGGGAGUACUGGGGCUGGCAAUGGGGAGGACAAGAGCGCGGCGAAGCUGCUCUGGGAGAGGGCAGCGACGAAGCUGAAGGCGCUUCUUACAGCAGCCAUAAGCAGGUCAAAAGGCGUCGAUGACCUGUCUUUUACGUGUAAAAACAAUUGGGAUGCGCUUAACCACAUCCACAUAUCGGCGGCGUUGUCCGCGGCCGUCAAGCUGCCUGGUACGCGGACGGCAGCGUCCGCACCCCUGCUUGACUCGCUCGCUGUACGAUUUGCUCAAACACUUCCGGACGCCACAAUUCGCGAGGUCGCGACCGUGCUCUGGUCCCUUGCCAAAUUGGGCCGGCCCGCGCCGCAUGCGCUGCUGUCGCACAUUCUAGCAGCCCAGCAGCGCGGCUUUAUGCUGCGUACAGCCUCACCCCAAGCUAUAGCCAACAUGCUGUGGGCCCUCGCCACGUGGCGAACCCGCGAGCCGGAACCCCUGCUGUCGCUCGUGCUGGAGCAGUGCUACCGUGCGCUGCCCGCCUUCCAGCCACAGGACACCGCCAAUGUGCUAUGGGCGCUGGCACGACUGAACCACAGCGGCGAGCCACUGCCGCUGCCGCCGCCGCUCCUGCCGGACCUAUUGGCCGUCGCCGCGACGCAGGCCAGCGCAAUGACCCCGCAAGGCCUCGCCAAUUCGGUGUGGGCCUGCCACCGUCUACGGCACCGCCACGCCGCCUUGCUGCGCGCAGCAGCUGUCGCCUUCCACACCCAGCUGCCCGCCGCCAGCCCCACGGAUAUAGCGCUCAUGACAGCCAGUCUUGCCCACCUGCAUUUCCGCUGCCCAGCUCUGCUGCGUGCGGUGGCAGAACGAUGUUGCGGAUCAGGAUCGAACUGGGGACCUCCAGAUACGGCGCAGUGGACCAUAGCUCCAGAUGGGGUUCGGGGUUCUCGGGAGGGCUCCUGGAGCCCACUCAGCCGGCAGCGGCUCCUGUGGGCCUUCGCCACGUUGAGGUUCCGCCAUCCGGCCGCCGUACGUGCGCUGCUGCUUGGGACUCGAGGGCUCCAGGACGCUAAGGAGAAGGAGGAGGAAAGGGUUGAGGAAAGUGACUUGUUGGGAGGAGCUGGGAGCUGGGAGCCCGGGGGGAGUGAAAGCGGCGACGAGGAGGGGGGAGAUGGUUGCGGAGGCGGCGGUGGGGGCAGCGGAGCCAUGACGGCAUCCAGCUUGAUCUGGUGUCUUGCCAAGCUGGGAUGCGGUUCCAUUGCGGGGCCCGAGCAGCGGCUGGUGCUGGCGGCGGCGGAACGGCUAUGGGCGGUGCGUGAGUCUGUGGCGCUGCACCACGCGGCCAUGGCGGCCUGGGGUCUGGAGCAGCUGGGGCUGCGCCAGCAGCGCCUCCUGAAGCUGGCAUGCGCGCGGUUGCAGGAGGCCCUGGAACGAUCCUACACAUCUCAAUCCCGCACAUCCCACUCAUCAGCCUCGGCCUCGACCUCCCCCUUCCCACACGGCACCGCCUCCGGUACCAGUCCUAGUCCUGGUCCUGGUCCUGGUGUUAGCUCCGAUGGCGGGCUGAGCCCAGAGGACCUGGACGCCGCCGUGAUGGUGCUCUGGUGCUUGGGCCGCCGGGGACCAUUGACGGCGCCAGAGGCUGUAGCGGGAGCAGCGGAGGCAGCAGCAGCAGCAGCGGAGGCAGCAGCAGCAGCAGCGGCUGAGACUCGGAUCCUGGACUUCUUCUCGUCUGCUGGCCCCCGCCUGUUGCCCCGGCUCAGUGCCCGGCAGCUGCCCCGCGUGUGUUGCGCCUACGUGCAGCUGGGGCGCAGCGACGGGGGGGUGCUGGGGGUGGCGGCGGAGCUCCUGAUGGGCGCGGCGGCUGGCGGCGGCAGCGGUUGUAGUGGCAGCGGUACCGCCGCCGCGGCUGCUGCUGAAGUAGCGGUUGGAGCGGAUGAGGAUGAGGCGGGUGGGGAGGGGGAGGAGCGCUGCGCUGGUGUGAGCGGCAGCCCGGUGCGGCUUCAGGCUGGUUUAGGGGACGAUGGUUUCGGGAGCGAGUACGACUACCGGGGGGCCCAGUGGGGGCUCAGCGGAGAGGGGGCGGAUGAGGGGGAGCUGGUCUGGGACCUGGAAGGCGAGCAGGAGGAGGCGCAGGAGGCGGGUGCCGCAGGUUUCAGUCGCAACGGAGGCAGCAGCAGUAGCAGUAGCUCUGGCCGUAGCGGCGCCGUCAGGGGCGGUUGUGGGUGCGGGCUCCUGGAUCGAUUGCCGCGCAAUGGCCUAGCCAUGGCGCUGUGGGCCCUGGCGUCCUCCGGGUUCGCCUCCCCGCAGCUGAUGCAACGAGCUGCAACCAGGGUGGUAGGGGAACUGUUCCCCCAGCUGCCGCCGGUUGCGGCGGCGGCAGCAGCCAACGUAGAGGCGCCAGCCGAGGUGCCGGCGGCUGCAGGAUCCACCGGCUGCGUGGUGGGGGCUGCAGCCGCGGCGGCGUUUGGACGGCAGAUGGUGGCGGGUGGUGCGGAACGUGGGCGGCCAACCCCACCGACACCGCAGCCGCCUGCAGCUGGGCGGCCUAGUGUGGGGGCCUCGCGCUGGGCGGCCCUCAUCCUCUGGGCCUUCGCCGCAUCAGACUGCUACAAUGCCGUGCUGUACGAUCAUCUGCUGUCGUACGUGAUCCGCAGAGUGUCACGGCUGGGCCCCGGUCGCGUGGCGAUGGUGUUGUGGUCGUGUGCGGUGGCGGGUCACUACCGGCGGGACGUCCUGGAGUCGCUGUGCGGGGCUCUGCGGGAGGACAUCAGGGUCCUGCCGCCAGCUAGCUUCACGCAGGCCAACUGGGCCGUCGCGCACCUGUCCGCGGGGCUGUGUAUGAGCUGGCGGGGCCCCGCCACCUCCCACCUGGCCGCCCUGUGCCCCCAGCUCACCCCCCACCAAGCCGCAGUGCUGCUGUGGAGCCUGGCAGUGCAACAGCUGGUCAGGGCGACGCAGGACAAGCGCAAAUUUGCGGCGGCGGUGGACUUGCUCCUGGCGCAACUGGGUUCCGCGGUGGUGGGGACGAAGUCGGAGGUGCAGCUCGGCGGCCCGGUGGGGAGUGGGGACUGGGAGGGGGAUGCCGGGGCGGCAGCAUCCCGGGAGCUGAGUCGCGGGGUGCCAAGCGGGGUUGGCGAGGGGAAGGUGGGCGGGGCGGUUGUAGAGGCGUUGGAUCGGGGCCUGGAGCCGUGUUUGGAUCUGGAACGAGAUCUGGAUUCUCCAGGUGACCGGAUCCAGGCGGGUUCAUGUCCCCUGGAUCCCGGAGUGGCGCUAAUUGCUGCGGAGGCUCUGGCGCUGCUGCUGGCCAGCCCCCACCAGCGGGUGCGGCAGCGGGUGGAGGCCUACCUGGCCCACUGCGGUGGUGCGACUCCGGCCCUACUCCUGCCAUCACACAUUCCGCCGACGUCACCGCCAGCACCAGACCCCGGCCCCCCAGCAUACGGAACUGCAGCACCUGGCGCUGACGGCAACAGCACAACGGAGGCCGGGUCGUGGUCGGGAGGAUGGAGUGCCGGCCGCAGCGGCAUGCAGGCGCCCGUCCCCACCUCCACCAGCUGCUCGGCGAUUGGGACCGGGGGAUUACUCGUGUCGCAGCUGGCGGCCGCCUGGCAGCAUGCGCUGCAGCGGCGGCACCCGCAGCAGGCGGCGGUGGCGGCAGCUGCCCGGCAGUUGGGCUACUCGCCGCGGCUGCUGCGGACCCACGGGUCUUUCCCGCUGGCGCUCCCCUGUGCGGUAGAGCUGCCGGAUACGGCUCCAGGCCCGGUAGUGGUGCUGCUGGCCGAUGAGUCCGACUUCGCGACCAACGUUGUGGGGCAGCCGCUGGGCCCGCUGUUCACCACCGUGCAGCUGCUGCGGGUCCGCCACCUGCGGCAUCUGCUGCUAGCGGCAGGCGUGAGG